UUUGUAUGUGUGUGAACGGUCUACAUUAAAAUAAAAACAUAAAUCUAAACUGAGUGUAAAAGCCGAAUAUAAAUUAACUUGAAUAAUCUAAAUAGUUUUUAAACUCGUGCAACACACCGCAAUAUAACAAGUGCAAUAACUGUAGCAGCAGCAGCAGCAAUAAAAUUCGCAAAAAGAAAAAAAAACAAAUAGCAUAACCUCGCUCCAUUCCAUUUCCUCCCCCUCGAAAAGCACCGUCUCGCUGCCUACCACUCCAUCAACAAUUUUAACAAGCUCGGAUUGUGUUUUGUUGGUUUUUUUAUGAGUAGAAAAGAAAAUUUAUUGAACAUUCAACUUAAAAUGUAAUAAAAACAACAAAUUGUGCUGCCGCCCACCACCCCGUUGAAAUCAAGCGAAAUACUGUCUCCUCCUGCUCCACACCUACACCGCCGUAGCCUCCAGCAGCUUCUGCUUCUUCUUCUUCAUCAACUGCAUCAUCGUCAUCUAAUUCUGGCUAGCCCCACUGGGGACACACACGGGCUUUUUGGCAUUUGACGAAUUCAGGACAUGCAAAGAGCAUUUCAAUCUGUAGUGCGGGCUACGUUAUCUCUAUAAGAUGUCACUGGCCGUCUCUUUGCGGCGCUUUUUAUUGGUUUUGGUCUCUGGAGCGAUUUUCAUUCUAACAGUUUUAUAUUGGAAUCAGGGAGUGAUCAAGACCCAAGCCUACAAUGACGCUUUAGAGAAGCCGAGACAUGGCCAUAAAGAUGGUGCAGCAUUUGCCAUACCCAUUGAGAAAACUUGGACCUACAAAUGUGAGAACGAUCGUUGCAUUCGUCUGGGCUUUAAUCCCAAUGCUAAUGGCAAUGGGAAGGGACAGAAACGUAUAUCAUUCAUCUCAUGCUCCAUGACCUGUGGGGAUAUUAAUAUUUGGCCUCAUCCUACUAUUAAAUCACUGCUGAGUUCUCAUACUCUACGCUUCACAACGGAUGAUGUCCAACUCAAUUUGGAUACACCGCACCGCGAGGUGCAUAAACUUUUGCAAGUGGCCUUCGAUUGGUUUGUCAAGGACUUAAGACAAAUUCAGAGAUUAGAUAUUAGUAACUCUGCCUCAAGUAUAUCAGCUGCUGCUGUUGCUGGUGGUGCUGGCGGCGCUGCUGCUGAUACAGUGCCUGCCAGUGGGGAAUCUGUAAUACGGCGCUCCCAAUUAGAUGGGGAAAAUCAGAGAUCCUCAAUUUUUGGCUAUACAUUUAGCUUGGACAAACAAGCGGGCGAUGUGGACAGCUUGGAAAUCAAAAUAAGCGUACAAAAAUCAGGGGAUAUUAACUUUAAUAUGGAUAAUGAUGAAAGUUAUCAACUGAAAACUACAUUGGAAAAGCGACGACUUUUGGUUCAUAUAACAGCGCAUAGCUAUUUCGGAGCACGUCAUGGCCUUUCUACAUUGCAGCAGAUCAUCUGGUACGAUGAUGAGGAUCAUCUGUUGCACACCUAUGCCAAGAGUGUUAUAAGUGAUGCACCAAAAUUUCGUUAUCGUGGCCUUAUGUUGGACACUUCGCGGCAUUUCUUCUCAGUGGAAUCGAUUAAGCGUACCAUUUCGGCCAUGGGUUUGGCUAAAUUGAAUCGUUUCCAUUGGCAUUUGACAGAUGCUCAGAGUUUUCCUUACAUUUCCCGUUACUAUCCCGAGAUGGCGGAAUAUGGUGCCUAUUCGGAGAGUGAAACGUAUACGGAGCAAGAUGUGAGAGAGAUAACAGAAUUUGCCAAAAUCUAUGGUGUACAAGUAAUCCCGGAAAUUGAUGCUCCUGCCCAUGCGGGCAAUGGUUGGGAUUGGGGCCCCAAACGGGGACUCGGCGAAUUGGCCUUGUGCAUUAAUCAACAGCCAUGGAGUUUCUAUUGCGGUGAACCGCCAUGCGGACAAUUGAAUCCGAAGAAUAACCACACCUACCUCAUACUACAGCGACUCUACGAGGAGCUGCUGCAGCUAACUGGGCCCACAACGGAUUUUUUCCAUUUGGGCGGCGACGAGGUGAACCUAGAUUGUUGGGCUCAGUAUUUCAAUGAUACGGAUUUACGUGGACUUUGGUGUGAUUUUAUGCUACAGACCAUGGCCAGAUUAAAGUUAGCUAAUGGUGGCCAAGUGCCUAAAUAUUUGGCCGUAUGGUCGAGCGCCUUGACCAAUACCAAAUGUCUUCCAAAUAGUCAAUUCACUGUUCAAGUCUGGGGCGGCAGCACGUGGCAAGAGAAUUACGAUCUACUCGAUAAUGGUUACAAUGUGAUAUUCUCUCAUGUGGAUGCCUGGUAUUUGGAUUGCGGUUUCGGUAGUUGGCGUGCCACAGGAGAUGCGGCUUGUUCACCAUAUCGCACCUGGCAGAAUAUCUACAAACAUCGGCCAUGGGAACGCAUGCGUCUGGACAAGAAGAGGCGAAAACAGAUUCUUGGAGGCGAGGCUUGCAUGUGGACAGAACAAGUCGAUGAGCAUCAAUUGGAUAAUCGACUGUGGCCUCGAACUGGUGGUCUGGCCGAACGUUUAUGGUCCGAUCCGAAUGAUGAUCAUGAUUUUGAUAUAGUACCGCCGGAAGUAUUUCGACGAAUCUCAAUAUUUCGCAAUCGUCUGGUCGAAUUGGGCAUUAAAGCUGAGGCUCUAUUUCCAAAAUAUUGUGCGCAGAAUCCAGGCGAAUGCAUUUGAUAUUAUAUUUAAGCAGGCUCAUUGUCGCCGCCUUCCUAAACCUGCAAAAAAAAAAAGAACAAAAAAAUGACCUCCCGCUCCCCUUCCCAAAAAAAAAAAUAAAACCCAAAUGAGCGUUAGUUAGUUAUUAGUAUAAUUGUUAUUUUUUAUGAUAUUUGAAAAUGGCAAAAAAGGCGUCCACGAAUAGGUGAAGUAAAAAACACACACACUGACACACACGAUAUAUACAUAAAUAUAGCAGGCGACUGACUGUUCCAAAUGGUUUCGCAUGACACAGCUCUUAACCAUAA